GUUAAAAAUGGCGAAUGACGAUUGACAUUUCGGACUUUAGUACUUUGAAUUUUGCUAAUAUUUACGAGGCUUAAAAAUGGGAGACUUCCAUUUAAACUGACGCUUUGCUAAAUCUGUGGAGAAAUAAUUCGACAGAAACGGUAAAGGUGUUAUUGAAAGGGAAAGCUACCAGCUAAAGAAUGAGUGACGAUGGUGAAGAGGAAAAACAUCCUCCUUCCCUUAAAUCGCCUCCCAAACCUCCUAGACCUCCUCCACCAACGAGCAACUGCAAAUUACCUCGUCCUCCAAGCAUUCAACAGCACCUAGAAGCUAUACAAGGCCUCAAAGCCGAUCGAGUUCGCUGGUUUGUGAAGGAGGACAAGAAAUGGCAACCUUUCAAUGGCUGUGAUUCGUUGUCUAUUGAAAACUGUUAUCGCAAAAUCUUGGACCUUGAGAUAAGGGAGGAAGACAGCAGUAAAAUCCUCAAUACUUCCUCCAUCUAUGAAAUGCCAACUGUAAAAGGAGGGUUGUAUGAGGUGGAUGUAGUUGCUAGGGAAUGCAAACCCAUAUAUUGGAAAGGUUAGUGAAAUUGCUGAUGCAGCAUAUAUGUGUUGUGGUUCAAUUUUAUCCUUGGUUUAAUUUUUAUUUCCCUUUGUUUUAAACUAAUUUUAAUUUUUAUUUCCCUUUGUUUUAAACUAAUUUUCCAUGCAUCACCAUACCCCAAAACAAAGGGAAAUAAAAUUUAAACCAAGGAUAAAAUUGAACCACAACUAUAGUGAUAGUUGUAUUAAGUAGACAUCCCCUGGACCCCGUGUACGACAAACACAGACUGCAGACUGGCAGGUAAACGAGGUAAACAUCCUUUUGAAAUGCUCUAAGAGAUUCCCUAUCCCUAAAUAGACUUUUCGAAGACUGAAACUUUAGGGAUGGGGAAUCUGUUAGAGCAUUUCACAACAAUGUUUACCUUGUUUACCUGCCAGUCUGCAGUCUGCGUUUGUCGCAGAGCACCUGGACCCUCACUAUGAAUGAAGUGAAUGAAUGAAAUGUUGCAGCGGAGAGGAAAACAGACAUGUUCUCUUUACGUAAUACAUCAAAUGUUAACAGUAAGCACAGACAUCAGAAAUUAUACAAGGCUGGUGCCCCUGGCAGCUGCUAGUGGUACAUUUACUAGCCUGAGAAAAGACAUUAAUUUUUGUGAUGCUACCACUGGUUUCUCUGCAAAAUGGUGUCUGAGAAACAAGCCGAGAAAGUCCAUACUAAUGACGCGUCACUACUGGGGUUACUAGCUGCCCAGAUCUGGGUAGUCCUUCGGGUUGGCUGAAACUUUUGUUUGCUUCAACCAAUCAGAAGUAGUACCCAGAUCUGGGUAGUGAUGCAUCAUCAUAUGGAAUUUCUGCAUUCAUUUCUCUGACGUCAUUUUACAGGGAAACCUGUGGUGGUGUCACAAAAUGUUGGCUGGUUUCUCAGGCUAUCCAUUAACAAGCUUAGUGUAACCAACCUAACCAAUAAUAAUUGGUUAUUGGUUAAUUAUUACAUGGUUCACACAGGCCUAGAAAAGUCCUUGAAAAUUGAAAAAUUGUGGUAUAUCGUCGAGAAGUCCUUGAAUUUUCCACAGACAUCCUUGAAUAUUUUUGAAAGUUCCUUGUAUAAUAAAUAACCUUUGUUAAAAAAGGUGUUUUGCACAAAGGAAAGAUUGAAAGCACAGGGCACGCAAAUUUUCUUGGUGAUCAUGAAAGUGUGUUUUCUUAUGAUUUCAAUGUUCCUGGCAUAGUUAAUUUUCCGUUAUUUAAGUACCCUAGGAACCCUGCCUUCCUGGGGUAAGGUAUUGCAGUUAGCAAACCCCCGUCUACCUGCGAAUUUGAAAGGUCUUUACUUCAUGUCAUUCUAUGUCAAAUUGCAAGGAAAAGAAAUUCUUGAAAAAUUGAUUAUUUUAGUCCUUGAAAAGUCCUUGAUUUUUCCCUGUAAAAUUCUGUAUGAACCAUGUAUUAUUAGAUGAAUGAUUUGGGCAAUGAGGUAGAUUACACCAUCGGGGAAACUUGCCCUUCCCUUUUAAACAGUAUUGUGGGUUCUUGUACACCCCACUUUGAUUUGACCAAUGAAAGAAGGAUGAAGGAGACAGGUCCAGUGGCUUGACAUCGGUGCUCAAUAACCCAAUCAUGUGAACUGAAACAAGAGGUCUUAGAUCACAGCAAGCAUGAUCUUACCAGUUUAUUAAGACCCUGAUUGGUGGUCUGGCUGGGUUUUUAACCUGUGUUCUUGUGCUCGGCAAACUGGCUCUUUUCCGACUAAGUUAACUGGGUGACAGAGAGGAAAAAAUUGAAUCUUAAUGAUCCUCAUGUCCACUUACAGUAUGGGAUCAACUUAAAGCAGGUAUCACAGCAUCAGAAGAAAUUAAAGUCAGCUAUACAAGAGCUUGCCAAAUGUUUCCUUUUUCCAAUACAACAUAUUACAAGGCAAUGAUUUUUUAUGAAGUCUGAACUCACUGAAAAAAGUCUAAUUUAUGUGUUAAACCAUUCUUUUACAAUACGUAGCCACCCAUGCAUCCAAAAUUCAAAACCCAUUUUUCCAAAUAAAGCCUGACCAUGGUUGUAACUCAAUGUUAGUCAGCAUUAUUAAGGUUGCAAGAUUACAGUUCUUCAAUUUUUUCAAGUUUUUCUUCAUGAAGGAAGCAAAGGUUUGUGUGCAGUCUCUGAAGGAAUUAUUUUUCAUCACAGGCAAUGCUCUGGCAGUUUGCCGAGGAACGUGGUUCACUGGAUCUGGAGCACCUGAGUUGUGGCAACCUAUUGUUGAGGAAGAUGCAGAGCAGAUAGAGAUGUCACAUCAGACCAUUUGGAGGUCUAUGGUGAGUCCUGACUGAACAAAAAACUGUGUAGAGUAUUGUAAAAGCAGUACAUGUAAAUGCUGUCGCUCAGCAAGUUUGUGCGCUUACCAAAACAAUUUUGGUAGUUCAAAAGUUCUAGUUUUUAAUUGAGGCCCUUGUAGGGGGAGUGUGUAUGUUACAGGUCAAAAUUAAUUUCAGGUUAAUGUUCUUUAACCUCGGUUGAUUCUCAAUUUCCUUUGUCUCCUAGCCUUAAUUAUUCAUGAAUUAGAAUCAACCUACAGUCUCCGUCAAAAUAAUUAUUGUUGCAGACACUUUGCUGUCUUCUUGCCCUCUCAAUGUUUGUUUGCAAGAUUUGGUGAGUCAACGUGAUAAAAAACAUUUGGAGGAUGAGGUUACGAGCCAGAAGUGAAAAAAGAGCAUUGGGUGGAAGUGUCCAAACUAUUUUUGUCUGAGACUGUAGAUUAAAAAAUGUUAACCUGAAUUUAAUUUUGACCUGUAACACAUUAUGUCCCUAGUCCGAAUUUCAAAUAUGGUCGUUUCUUGGUCUGAGGAGUCGACUAUGUCCUUGUGGGUAUUCAACCCAUCUUUAUGUCAUUUGUUGCUAUUUUAUGUACUUUUAGUUAGUCUUAUUUCACUUUUUCAAAACCAUGUCGCUUGUCAGAAUUUUAUUUCAUCAGGGCCUUUAAUUAAUUGAGGUGAGGUUACCCUUUAAGCCCCAGUACCUGGUUACAAAUUCUCCCAACUGAUCUCUAUACAUUUCCUUACUGAAUCAGCUGGGAGAAAUUGAUAAAAGAUCAGAGCAUUUUCCCUUUCGUGAUUAUUUUAUUAAUUCUCAUGACCUUUUCUCUUGAUUGAGUAUUGAUCACGUUAGGAGAACAUUGAUGUUGAUCGCUCCUGGGACUUUAAGGUUUAACCUCAGGCUAAUGUUGCCAGUGGGUUUGACCCAUUUUGGAGACUCUGCAUGGGUACCUCUGAUAAAUUCAAAGUUGCUUGUUUAAUAUUGAUGAGCUGAUGACCUUAAAGAUUAAAGCAAUAUUUGCAUUGCCAUUGCUGAUCAAGGCUACCAGUUUUAGUCAUAUGACAGAAAAGAAGUCUACCAAAAUUAAUAGUGUGAUGCACAUUCACAGUUUUUGUUUUGCUUCUUGAAUUAUUGCUUUUUUGAUUUCCUUGUUUCCCUCAUUUCAUUGUUGUUGCUCAAGCCUGCUAGUAAUGCUACCACACAAAACAAAAUUAUUCUUUGAUGUACAAGCAAUGAUUUCUUUGAACAUUGAUGAUUUGAUGGAAAAUGCGUAAAAAAAGAGAUGUUCGCAGGUACUUAUACGUAGGCUAAGUUUUGCACAUAAUCUGAGUAGUAUCCUGUGGCAGAUCCAGGGUCAUUUAAACAUAUAUAUUUUGCUCGUUUUAUUAAAUUUUAUGCAUCAAACUUUUUCAGUUGUAUAAGUUGUGUCCUACUGUUGUUUAAGAACAGAUUUGUUUCCUUGUAGGGUCUUCAUGUUGGACCAGAUGAAAGUGAAAGAACAGUUUCUGAACGACAAGGUAAUGGCUGUUUUGUGUAAAAAAAUAUUGCACUAGAAUUUUGAAUUGCCAGUACUUUCUUUCUUCCUGUAAAAUUAUUGUAACGUUUCAAUUUGUCUCAUGCAAGUUAAAUGUCCAUUAUAAUGUAGUUAAAUUGCUGGGGGCAAAUGAAAUAAUCAUUUUUAAUUCUGUAUUGUUUUAUUCUGUUUCUGUUUUUGUUGCUAUUAACCUGAUAUCUGCUAAGGACCUCUAGUAGUGCUUAACCCUUUAAGCCCCAAGAUCCACAUACAAAUCAUGACAUUUCUUUUAAGAAUGGUUGAGAGAAAUAUUUGGUUUAAGAUCAAAGCAUUCUCCCUAUGGUAAUCAAUUUAGUAAUUCUCAUAACCUUUACUCUUGAUGAUCGGCUGAUGUUGUUAGGAGAAAAUUGAUGCUGGUCACUCUUGGGGCCUGAAGGGUUAACCUUGAGGAAAACACUUCCCAGACCUCCAUGUAUACCUUGAAUAAUUAGUAGGCCAAACAAAUUUGUGUAAUUCCUAUGUUUUCAGGACUUGGCCGACUCAAUUUGAAAGGCUUUUAUGUGGAGUGGAAUGACAUCACAGAUGUGUGGCUGUACUGGGAUGACAUGAAAUCUAGAAUCAUAAGAAAUGUUGGUGAAAGGAUUGGGUUUUCGUCAGGUACGAUGACAAUAACAGUAUUAUUAAAAUUGCUAAAAACAAAACUUACCUAAUAAUUGCUCGCUCCCCUUCAUAAGCUGAAGCCGUCUUCAAAAGUUAUUUUUAUGCAAAAAAAUAAAGUUAAGUUUAAAAUGAGUUUGUGGUUUCUUCCUAGUAGUGUACACCAAUGAAAUCUUUUCACUGUAUAGCCUGUUCCAGGCUUUCAGAAAGUGGGGCUUGGGCUAAAAAUAAAGUGAGCAAAAAAAAAGAGUAUUAGGGAGAGUAGAGAGAGAAUCCCAUCCCCACUCUCUCCCUUGUUAUUAUUAUUAAUUUUUUUGCUCACUUUAUUGCCCGGCUAUCUUAACCCCUGGAAAAGGCUAUUUGGGUAAAGCUUGUUUAUAACCUGCACUAUCAUGCAUUGAUUUUUAGCAAAUAAGGCCCAGUUUAAUUAAUUCCUUUAAUUAAGUACAUAAAGAUAUCAAUGUUUGAAUCAAUCAAGUUUGGGUCAACCCAUGAAUUAAGAUUGAGUGGCCACAUGGAAAUUUUGACUGUGGAGCAACUUCGUUUGAAAGGUCGAACCUCUCAUGUUCUGAACCUUAAGCAUAAAUUACUAUAAUAAUUAUUUAUUUUUAGUGAUAAGCAUUGUACACCAUUGUACAUCGUAAAAAUGAAUCGAGACUGGCUACUUAAGUUAUGUAAGUUCAAUGUCUGAAUCAACCGUUGGACUUGUAUCAUUUGGGUCGACCGAAAUAGGUGUUAAGUUUGGUACAUGAAAAAUUUGACGCUUGAACUUGACCUAAAAUAACUUGACAUAGAGUCAUUCAUCUUUUGGGGGUAACCUUCACAUCACUAUUUCAUCAUUAAUAUUCAUAUGAUGCUACUUUUUCUGAAUAUGCUAUUAACAGUAGACUGUUAAGGUCUGAAAGUUUUGGCACCACAGACUGUAUGCGGUGAUUUUCUAACAGCAGGAAAAGUUUCCUAAAACCUAUUUUCGAUUGUGAGAUUUUUCAGAAGCAGUCACCAACACAGAGGAUUUCAAUAGAAUACAAAAUAAUUUGGUCCUUUUACCACUAUUGAUUAUUAAUAAUGGUAAUAGGACGUACAGAGUCCAAUUCAGUCUGUAAUCAUACGAGUGAUUAUCAGAAUCAGUCAACUGCAUAGCAAGAGUCUUAUUUGUUAAUCACGAGUACGAUUACAGACCGAAUUGGACAACAUGAAGUUCUGUUACCAAUUAAUCAUAACUACAAACAAAUUUGUGAUAUUUUAGGCUCUUUUCUAAUUAUUAAAACCCAAGAAGUUCUGAGAGUUUUUUUUUGCUAGAAGUGAAAAAAAGCCAUUUCAGCCUGCGUGAUGGUGUGUACUGUCCUGUUAGUGCUGAACUCAGGACAGAGAUUUGAGAAUUUUGUUACAGUUAUGAUUAAUGUAGUUAUUGUCAAGAGCAUUUAAAACUUCCAAUGAAACAUUGUCCAUUGAUUGUUUCAUUAGGGGCAGCUACUCAGCUUCAUCGUGGAUACCAUACAGAUGCCAGCCCUGAUGACAGGCCUCAUGAUAUCACUCACUUGGUGUUUGUCGUCCAUGGCAUUGGACAGCUGCUUCACAUGAGCAAUAUUGUUAGGAGUUGUGCUGAGUAAGCUUCUUACUUCACUUUUGAUUCAGAAUUUUUUAAUUUAAAGUGGCAGGGCUGAAAGCCGGUAAGGGUCAUGGGCCUUGGAUUUCCACUUGCUACUGUUUGUAAGACCUGCGGCUACUUUCAAGGAAAGUUAGCCUGAGAAAACAAUGCCACCACAGGUUUCCCGGCAAAAUGAUGUCUGAGCAACGACUGCGGAAGUUCCUUGCUGGUGACAUUCCCUACCCAGAUAUGGGUAGUGCUUCUGAUUGGUUGAAGGAAAUUUCCCAUGCGACAUGACCAAUCGGAAGCACUACGCAGAUCUGGGUAGUGAUACAUCAUCAGUUUGGAAUUACUGCAGUCAUUGCUCAGAUGUCAUUUUGCGGGGAAUCCAGUGGUGGCGUCAAUAUUGGCUGUUUUCUCAGGGCAAUAGAGGAAAGUAGAACCAAAGAACUUCCUAGCUGUUCAAUUCCUUACCUACUUGUUGCUUAUAAUACUCUGGCAAGGCAACUUACUUUUGUUUCUGCCCAUUUUUCAGUGUUUUGAUAUAUUCAGUGAUGGAACACUCUUUCCAGAGUUCAGUGCACCAUUCCCACAUUCCUGUGAAUAAAUUAAAGCUCUAUAAUUUUGAGGCUUGGUGCAACAAAAUAGUUAUAGUGAUUUCUAUGGAAUUGUUCACCCAAGCUUCCACCUCAUUUCAUUGUGUGCUUACUAGAGCAGAAUAUGAGGAUUUAUGUUGUUCAAUUUUUGUCCAACAUUAUGUAACACCUGACAGCCUUCGACAUGGAGCAACUACUGUUCUAGGAAAACAACCUGAUAUUCCUCAAGAGAAGCGGGUGGAGUUUAUUCCUGUGGAAUGGAGGUCAUCGCUAAAAUUGGAUGAAGGUAAAAAUAUCUCAGUGUAAUCAACAGUACCACAGGAAAUACUGCCCAGUAACGUUCAUCUGAAUGGUCACACUUUAGGAUUUCAUCCACAGACUCUGAGUUAGAACCACCUUGUACAGCAUAAUAAACAGUACCACAGGAAAGUACUGCUCAGUAGCUUUCAUUUGAAUGGUCAGCUCAGUGAAAUUCAUACACCAGUCUCAGUAGUUAGAAGUACAUGUUUCCAUAUCCUUGUUUUAGCCAGUCGAAGGGCUAUGCUGACAUGUCCCUACGCAAUCUCGAUAUGUCCCAACGCAAUCCCUACGAACAGUUGUGACUGAAAGUUCCAACUAUAAACACCGUUUCGUUUGGAGACCGUGUGUUCAGCGUUACAGCGCCGAAACCGUGGAAAUCUGUUUCAUUUGAAGUUUGAUCUGCUGAAAACUUUGUCUUGCUUCUUUUUCUGUGGACCUUGACAUUAUUGCACUUUUUUAUUGUUAAUAUUCUCUGUUUCUAGUUUUUAGGGUCUUAAAUGUUUAUCAGAUUUUAUAUUCUUUUAUUUUUUGCAGUCCCAAUAUUUCUUGUUAAGCGCUUUAGAGCCAUGUAUAAAGCGCCAUAUAAAUAGUGAAUUAUUAUUGUUAUCAUAAACUGAGUACUGUUUAACUGUUGAAGGUACCAUUGAGUGUAUUACACCAUCGUCUGUGUCUGGUCUGCGGAAGGUACUAAACACAAGCAUGAUGGACAUCAUGUAUUACACAAGUCCGUUUUACAGAUAUGAGGUACAAAAUGAUAAAUCAACCUACUUUGCCACUGGAGCUAUGCCACUUGCAAGCCAUCACAUUCCACGCAUGUCUCUUGAAGCGUGGGGCAAGAACUAAAGGCCCUUAAAGAAAACUCAAACAAGCUCAACCCACAUGCAGUAUCUCUCUCUUCCGCCGGGCCCCACCCGCUUUCUUUUUCCCUCUCCCCAGUCUCUCUACAACACGAAAGGGAGCUUAAGCAAAGACGACGGCGACGUCUACGAAAACGUCGUUUGCGCUGCUUCAAACUUUAUCGCGCUUAUUCCAUCUCGUUUACUCAGUCAAAUGUUGGUAAAUUUUUUUGGAGUUGGAUUCCAAAGGACUCUAUCAAAGUUCAAGAAAAGAAAAAGAAACUUGUUGUCUUGUGUUCCCGUCUUCGACAAAACGUGAAAUUAGGCACUUUCACGUCGUAGUCGUGCAACGAUGACUAAGAAAUGUACAAAAAAGUGUGAUGCACAUGCAAAGUUGUUGUUUUGCCAAUCUAAACCUAUUGCUUUUUUGCGGUUCUCGUUGCCGUCGCCGUGGUCGUCGUCGUCUUUGCUUAAGCUCGCUAAAGAAACCUCUCCGGAGGAGAAAGCCUACAUAUUACCGGGCCAUAUUGUGUAGUUACAGAAAAUAACCACACUGACUCCCCCACAGAAUCAAGAGAUUGGAAAUUCCAGGGGGAGGAGGUGUGUAAAGCUUAAUUAGAAUUUGUGCUGGGGGGGGGGAGGUCGUAGAAAAGUCCCUUCCCUAGGUGAUUAAUGAGAACUUCCCUGAGAUGCCCCCAUGUCCAAGCUGUGUGGUUGAAGGAGUGAGUGUGCUGCGGGAUAAAGGUUUUUGAUGAUGGCAGAUUGUUUUCCCUUGCGCAGAUAAUCCUGAAGAGCAGUGUGUGAAGAAAUCUUCUUGGGAGUCUUUCUUCAUACCUAGUAUCUUAAAUUGGUGGGAGUAUCCGCCACCCCUGUGUGAAAGGCAUAAGAGCAUUAGUGCUAUGCUACACAUCAGAGCAUCUUUCUCAAUAAUCAAGUAGAGCAAUGUCAAAUUGUAUUUUUUGUUAGUUAUUUAAUCGGGAAAAUAUUUCCGUUUUUUAAUGCUAAUACUACAGGUCGGAAAAUUUUUCAAGUGUCCGAGGAAGCACUUUUUUCGAGUAAACAUUGUACUAGUAAUUGAACUGUACUGUCUGACUUAGGGCGCUUUUCAUUGUCAGAAGUGACCGGCCAGACCGUUCUCAUCGAAAUGAGAAUUUCACUUUUAAACAAAACUAUCCAGCCAGAUUAAUCAAAUAGAUGGUUUUCAGCAAAACCUCUUGGAGAAAGCCUAUUUCAUUGUUAAACUUACUGGUCCAGCCAUGGUCCGGCUUGGCUCAUUCUCCAAUCUUGGGUGUCUCGAUGCGCCUGCGGUACUCCCCACCAUUGCUGUGGCGGAUCCAGGGGCGGGGCCCGGGGGGCCCGCCCCCCCCCCCCCCAUUAUCUCAAGGUCUGGAUCGGCUCUGUAUUGUGUGGGAGCAUGGAGAAACACUCAAGGCUAAGACUGAGCCUAUGGUCCCGCCGGCCAGUUCUGACUUUUGGAAAGCGCCCUGAGUUAUCCUUUUGUUACCUUUCGUUGCAGAUCAUUGACGGAGUAAGAGAUGAAAUGAAUCGCUUAUACAACAUGUUCUGCUCUAGAAAUCCCUCAUUUCUGGAAAAAGGCGGCAAAAUUUCAAUUUUAGCCCACUCACUCGGCAGUGUCAUUGCGUACGACAUCUUAACUCUCUGGGAUAUUGAGUUAAGACACCUAUCCCACGAUUCAACAACUGGGACAGGCUUUCUCACUGAAAGCCUGCAUUAUCUGCGGUCAGUUACCAGUAGAGGUAGUGUUGAAGGCAUGGAGACUAGUGCUGAGGGUAAAAGAAAAGAGAACUUGAGAGUAGAGUUAGCCAAGGCUCGCAGUCAAGUCAUGAAACUUGAGGCUAUGAUAGCAAGUGAAGUGGAACAUGAAUCACAUGGUGCAAACAAUGGUUCAAACGAAUGCCCCUAUGCUCUGAAAUUUAAGGUGUGCGUGAUGAGGUUAUGCCAUAAUUAGUGUACUAAUGGAAGCUGUUUGCAGUCAACUCUGUCUGAGACCUCUGCGCUAGGAUGGAAGCCUUGGACCUGGCACUACGUGUCUGUCUUAGAGAGAUGUCGGAUCAUUAUUUCUGGGAAACUGCCCACCUACCCCUCCCCUAAGCCAACAUUAACACUUACUUCUUACUUAGGGGAAAAUGCUGGCUUAGGGGAGGGGUAGUUGGGCAGUUUCCCCUCUUUUUCCUGGUAUUCUUUUCCUCCCGCCGGCCAAAUACCAAAAAAGGGGACAAAAUGCCCACCUACCCCUCACCUAAGCCAGCAUUAACACUUACUUCUCACUUAGGGCAAAAUGUUGCUUUAGUGGCGGGAUAGCUGGGCAGUUUCCCAGAAACUUAUAACGAUCCAAAAUGUCUGUUUCACAGCAAGGAGGUCAAAUUUUUAACUAGUAUGGUCGAAAAUGUGACCCGUGCGGUGUGAACACUACGACCAUCUAAAUUUUUGUACUGAAAAGGCGUUUUAAAGGCGUGGCUGCGUAGAUGCGUGGUAACUCAGCUGGGAGACGCUAUUUUGGAUAUACUUAAGUAGCGCCCUGCACAUGGGUAGAUGAUUAAACUAUUGAAGUAAGUGAAAGUUCAAUUUGGUUCGUCAGUUCCGUAUGAACAGAAAGAAAUUAUUGUGUGGUGUUGAGUCGGAGAUUCGAAGAGUUAGUUAGCGCUUUCAUAAUUAAGAAUUGAGUUUUCCAUCCAUGGACUUUUUAGAAUCGGAUGACCGAGCACGGAGGAAACCAACAGUGGGACCGGAGUUACUCCAACACUCCAGUCCAAAAUAUCACAUCAUUCAUUGAACAUGCUUGUAGUGAUAUAGUCCGUGAUUUUGUUCGGUGUUUUUCACUUCAUGUUAUUGAUUCACAGGUGGAAAACUUAUUCUGCCUGGGAUCACCGCUGGCAGUAUUCCUGGCGUUACGAGGGCUUAGACCUCAAGAUGACGUGGAAGAUCACGUGCUUCCUAAGUCCGUUUGUAAGCGUUUGUUGAAUGUUUAUCAUCCAGCCGACCCUGUGGUAAGAUAUUAUGUACUAGUGUUCGACUGGUUUUGGUCCCAGUUUAAAGGUUUUAUGUUUCUAUAUUGGUGUGGGCUCUUUAGAUUUGAGGGCAAGGACGACCACAAGGAAGAGAUUUAACUUUAAGUUUUUCGCUCAUUCCCAAAAAUUUAACACCCCGGAAAGCUUCAUUGUACGUAGUUAGCACGCAGGAGGUUAAGCCCUCUCUCUAGCGCAAAAUAACGAAACUUCCAACAUUUGAUAACUUGUUUCGCCAGUAUGACACUCUCACUAAAACCCUUAGCAGAAUGACGACGGCUACCACGUUUUCCCGCCAAAAUGACGCGUGAGCCCCACUUGAGUUAAAAUCUCAUAUUAUUUUACGUAUAACAGUGAAUGGAGUGUUCCGUUGUUUUCAGGCGUAUCGUCUGGAACCUCUGAUCUGUGGAGACUACAGUAACAUUCCUCCUGUACAGCUGCACCGCUUUGACAGCAAACAGGCCGGAUACACCGAAGCUAAACCCAGCAAAACAGGGCAGGCAGCCGGUAAGUGGGGUGGCCUGUUCCGUGUUGGAUUCUCGAGACAGAAAACAGAAGAGGCCGACGCCAGCUCGAAUGGCGAAGAGAACAUGGACGAGGACGAUGUGGUGGUUGUACACAAUGCGGCAUCAGCGGACAAAAGUACAGGUAAACUUUUUUUAUUGACUUAUGGAUGCGCGCAGGGCGUUGCUUACCAAACACUUACCAUUUACACGAGAAAUCCGGAAAUUCUGCUUGGAAAAUCAAAUGGUUUGCGUCAUUCCGUUUGGGAAGCUCCAGAAAACUUGGGCUGUGAUUCGAGGAGAUGCAAUUUUUCUACUCUUUCUAGUCUGCUCAGGUGAUUUGGAUAUACAUUGUAUCAUCACAUCGUUUUUGAGCGACGCAUGGGAGCUAGAAGUGUGGUCUUUUUGCAUUCUUGGGCGAUGGUUUGCCCAAAUUUUUAGGGUAAAUCGUCACUAUUGAGUGAAGGCACUUCGUAAGACAAAUUUGAUAGCAUCGAGUCAUUUUAAAAGAGAGGAGAGCUCUCUUCCGGUUGACUUGCCUCGCUCAAAAACUUCUUUGCUUAAGGUUUCUUAUAACUCUGUCUCAGUAAUCCACAGCGUUGACUUACAGAUUCAUUUUGUACGAGUGUGCUGUUAUAUGGGCAUGCCCGAUGGCAUUUACGAAGGCAGAUUGGCCUUAUUACAGUUGCAUCUUAGGAGCCGCCUUGCCUUAUAGUUUUCCCAGACCUCUGUUUCAAAUCUAGGUUAAGUGCGUUUAGGUCCCGUCCACUCUUUUUGGCCUUGUUCAGAAAGACAUAACUUGAGGAAAUUGAACCCAACCCGAAACUCGUUUUAUGUCCCAAAAACCAGUAGAAACACUGAUAGAUGAUUUUCCUUCAGUGAAUGGCAGUGAAGGACAGUGUGUUGCCAUGGCUACAGACGGGCCGUCAUCAUCUCCGUCAAAGAGAAAAGGUUGGAUAGCGAGUCUGUUUGGUUCAACAUCCAGUAAUUCAAGUCAGGAAACAGAAGAAACAGAUAGCGCUAAAAAGCAAGAACAGAGCCAUAAAGAGGAACACAUAACAGUCCCUGCAAAAGGUAACUGCGCGUCGUCACGUGUUCGUACCCCGUUGAAGUCCUGAAUUUUUUUUCAGGCUUCUUUCGUAAUUGCAUAAAUUGCGUUCACAAAUGCGAGGAUCAUUUCUUCACUUGAUUUCAUUCCCGCAGUUCUUAUAUGAUUUAUUUCGCAUACAUCUAUCACCUGCACCUCCUUUGUAACAUUCCGCUACAGCCUUUUCGUUGAACGGUCGCGCGAUAGCAACGUGGCUGAGAGGUCAGCGAGCCUGACGCAGUGUACCUAAUGUGCAGGUCCGUGUUCUAGUCCACCUUUGACCAGUAGGGGAAGGUGUUUCUCUGGAGUACCGAGUUCAGUUCCUCGGCCAGCCCUUUAGAUAGCAACUGCUUUUCCCUCUGCCAACUAGCGUGCGUUUAUAAUUGAACGAUUUUUCCUCUAUUCAUAUUUGAGUAGUGUCUAAACAAUCUUGAACACUAUGAACAUACCGUUCACUUUUAGACUUAACCGUCAAAACUGUGGUGAUUCUUUUUUAAGUGAGUCUGGAUCAAAACUUUUGCAGCUUUAUCGGAGCAUUACGACUCUACCGUUUUUCCUCAAAUAUACGCCCGGGUAAAAAACAAACAAACAAGCAAACUGAAUCCUGAUAUGAUUCGUAGCCUUAAACGUCCGAGAACCAAUUGUACGGUCAAAAGUUUCCUCUGAGAGUGGUUGUGGUGGUAGUGGCAGGGUUCCAUCUAGGAUUUAUCGUUUGGGGGAGAAGUCCCGAGUGGCCGCAGGCCACGAGCUUCUAAGGGUGGUCCAGGGGCAUGCCUCUUCCCCAAAAUUUUUGAAAUGAAUAUGUGCUGAGAUCCAAUUUGGUGAAUUUUGAGAAGUAUAACAGUGUGUGCAGUGACCUGCAGUGACGAUAUAGUUACUUAAUACUGUAGUGACAACAAUAUUAAUUUUUUGGGGGGGAAGCUGGGCAUUUGGGGGGGUGGGAGCUUCUACCCCUCAAAUAUCCUAGAUAGAACCCUGGUGGUGGGAAGGGUAUUCCUAGGAAUUCCUGCUGGUGAUGUGCCGCCCUGUUCGCCAAAGACAAGAGAGAAUGAGCUAAUUCUCUCUUGCCAAAUACUGACCCUGUUUCAGACCAAAACUUGCAAUUUCCCAAAUCCGUUUUCACAUGCGGCUUCUGAAAGUUGUACGCUGUUUGUGAAACCAUUACUUUGUUCAAGCUAAGUCAAUGUUAUUUGAUCCUCUCUCACUAUAUAGUAGUAUUUGACUCUGCGCUGUUGUGGUUCCCUUGAAAACCAUACCCGAUUUUAGACCUUUAUGGGGAAAAUCUAUCCCCGUUUUUAGCCAAAAUAGCAAAUAAACCAUUGCCUUUUGCGCGGCAUUUACCUGUUCAGCUUUUAUAAUGAAGCAACCCUAAGGGUUUAGCUCGACCAAGGAGUUUAAGCAGCGGCGUUUUUGAGCGACGCACGUCGACCGGAAGUGAGCUUUUUUCUCUUUUAUUAUGCCUUGACGCUACCAAAUUUGUAUGGGUAAGUGUCUUUUUAACAAUUAUUCCUCGAGACCGAAUGGGCUCUGAGUCAAUAGCCCAUGGGGCCGAAGGCCGUAUGGGCUAUUGAGUCAGAGGCCAUGAGGGCGAGUUGGUCAAAAAUAUCGAGUUAAUCCUUUUUUGCCGCCAAAAAGCCCGCGCUUUUCGCUACUAGGGGGCUAUAACAUAGCCUAGUAGUAGCUCAACCAAUCAAAAUAUCGAGUUAAUCCUUUUUUGCCGCCAAAAAGCCCGCGCUUUUCGCUACUAGGGGGCUAUAACAUAGCCUAGUAGUAGCUCAACCAAUCAGAACGCAGCAUUGAUAAUAGACCACUAGUUGGAUCUUACUAAACUCUUAUAGAGACUAUUUGCCUAAAAUUUUUCCACAUCACGGCCGAAGGGUACAAAAAGUUCACUUCCGGUUGACGAGCGUCGCUCAAAAACGUCGUUGCUUAAACUCCCUCUUAUCUCAGAUCAGCUGUUCAUGUCCCGAAGAUCAUUGACUACAGUGUAGAACGUUUUUGUACAUCUAUAAGGAGGAGGUGUUCUCCUCUAACUUUGUUAACAUUAACACGUUAUAUUUUGUCUUUCAGUGCUGAAAGAGAGACUUGAUUACACAUUACGAGAGGGAUACAUGGAAAGCAACUACUGGUCAGCGGUUACUUCCCACGUGUCUUACUGGGCGUCAUGUGAUGUGGCGCGGUUUAUCCUUGAAAAUUGCCUGAAAAGUAACCCGGAUGUUACUGAAAAUAUGGAGCAGUCUUGACUUCGAAUUUACAGCAGUAAAAAUUAACCUGAUCAGUAAACUUAAAUAAGAGUAAAAAAUAAAAAGGUUAGCCGUUCACUUUGAUGAUAACUAACAAAAGAAAAUGAAAGGAAAUUUGUUGAGCUAGACCAUCAAUCCAUGGUGCUAUAAAUAUUUUGUGUGAAAACGACAGCCUGUCAAUGAAACCUCUGUUACUAAGCACAGCGUUUCAAAACCACCAAUGUUCUCCCAGAUAGCAGACUGGAAAACACGAGUCUUGUUCUUUUCUUCAAAAAAAAAUUAAUAAAUAAAAAGAGUGUAUAAAAUCUAGAGAAAUUUACGAUAUUUAUGAAGAGCGAAACAAAUUUUUGAACUAUGAUAAGAGCAAACUACACAUUGACAGCACAUAAGCAUAUCUAUAGAACACAAGAAUAAAACAGAGAUAUUAAAUAGUCUUGAUACUUUUAUUUUUCUAAAUGACCUUGAAAAGGUUUUUGAUUUGUGGCAAAAGUUUCGGUUGUUUGUGCCCAUCUGAAGUUAUACAUGAUUGUGACAUCUGUUCACUGUUUUCUGUUUAAAUGAAGAAAUUUAGUGCAGUUGAUUUUUGCUUUGUGUUAUUUUCCAUUUAUUUUUUUAAAGGAGAAUCCUUUGACAUCGAAGGCCUCCAAAAGUCGAAUUUCUAAGAAAAUCUCAAAUCUUAAUUUGUGAUAAAUCACGAAAAAGGAGGAGAUGAAUUUACAGCUCACGAGACAUUCGUUGUGGUCCAUACCUAUCAUCUCUCACGAAAAGCCUGUAUCUGUAGAUUAUUUAUGAAUUCUCUGAAAAUAAAUAG